UUUCUCCUCUCGGUACGAUUGCACGAUUGUUGACGGGGGCGAGCACGACACGACGCGAAAUUGCACAGCAGCAGGCAGACAGACGCCUACCUUCACACACACCUUAGUUGUUGUAAACCGGUGUCUACCAUGAGAGGCUCAUGGAGAGCUGGGUUAUCGUCACUGGGUGCUGCCAUGAUGCUGAGCAAGGUCGGCCUUGUGAACGGGCAUUCCCAGCUCGUAAUGGAGCAGACUUUCUACAUGGAGACUUCCUCAUGCGAGGGGGUGUCUUGCAGAAAGGAGAUCAUUGGGGCGAACGAGACUUUGGGAGUUGGGGCGGUCGAAGAGUGCUCACACAACACAGCCUACUGGCACGAAGACCUGGAAGCUCCGAACGGCAAGCAGCUGUUCGAGCUGGUGUACUCGUGUCGAAAACACGGCCCCGACGGGGAGGAAGUAGUGCUGACGUCACUGGAGGAGUGCGGGAUGGUGGCCGAGCCCUGCGUCGACGCCGGCACGAACCCCGGCAUCUCAGAGGUCACCUACCAGGUUGCUUUCGAGUUUGAGGCUCAGCCGUACGACGUUAGCGUGGACGUGAAGCUGUUCUUCAACUACCUGAAGGCCGGUGACAAGUUUCACGCCAAGAGGUCGGAGAACGCCGUGCGCUGCUUGCUGAGCGAGACCUGCCACCGGAGGCGAUCCGGGGAGUGGAGCUUUCCUGCCGAGCUUCGCGACAGCAUGGGCGACGGCUGGAACGCCGGAGGCAUCAACCUCUUCGACCACUUCCGGUUGGAAAGCCGCAGCGAGCUCACAGCCGAAGUCUCCGCGAUGAUGAGCUCCGAUGAGGCCAACACCGCCGCGGCGCCGUCGCCGGCGGCCCGCAGAACCUCCUACCUCAACACGAUGCUGGGCGGCUCCGCCCGCACGGUGCCCCUCUGCCUGUCCGACGGCGAGUACCUCUUUUCGACGCAGUUCCACACGCCGGGCCCCGACGACUCCAGUCACGCCUUCGAUGUCGCCGGCCGCCUCUUCUCUGAGUCGACCUGGACCUUCUGCGGGCACAAGGGGACGCUCGCGGACUAUACCCACGUUCGCGUGGCGGGGGGCCUGUGCACCCCGAUCGCCGGCUGGGGGGAGACCGCCGCCCCUUCCGCGACGCCCUUCCUGGGCGCCACGCUCGUCCCAACUCCGGCCCCAGGCACCGGCACCGGCACCACCGACGGGGCUGACGAUACCGACGACGAAACGAACCGCAGUGUCGGAGGCGGCGACGACGGAGGCAGCGGCAGCGGCAGCGGCAGCGGCAGCGGCAGCGGCAGCGGCGACUCCCUCACGGACCUCCAGAUCUUCGCGAUAGGUUUCGGCGCACUCGCGCUCGCGGGGCUCGCCGCGGCGGGUGGCACGUACGCGCAGAACAACAGCUGGUUCGCCGGCGCCGCGGGCGGGGGCGCGGCGGGGGCCGGCGCCGCUGGCGGCGGCGCACCGAAUCCAGACGUCGAUGAGUUCGCCCCUUAGUUGGGUGGGACGUACCGGUUUACGGGAACGGUAUGUCUUCGCGGGAUGGGACCGGGACGGGUUUACCGGCUCACGGAAACGGAAGUGUCUUCCGGGGAUGGGGUGCAGAGGAGAAAGAAGAAAGAGUGUUGUUUCUAGUUUGUGCUCUUGGUGGUGGCAGAUUUAUGUCUGUCUGUGCAACAUCAUUGAACCCCGUGUAGUGCGUGAAAGGAUGUGCGGCAGCUAGAGCAGCUCGUCGGUAGACAUCACAGCAAGCUUCCUUCAAACGCCACCGUUCUCUCGUAGAGAGUGUCUCGUGGCGCCCCCCUCUUCGUGACGUCACUAGAAAGUUCCUCGGUCGUUCGUUCGUCGCAACAAUCCUUAUGGUGAGGUCCCCGUAAUAUAUAUGGCGGGAAACAAGGCGCGGGUACCCGAAACGUGUGUGGGUGAAGAAUCCCGGCACAGACGGAAGUAUCGAGUUGUUCCUACACUUAAGUGUUACUUGUAAGACCGUGAUAGUGCGGGCGAUUUGCUUGGCUUGGCAUGUACGCGCAUUGUACAAGGGGCCUCUUGCUUCGCCCUGCCACCGGCAGACGGAAAUAAAGAUGGGCCGGAGACCGAUUCAGCCUGGGCUGGGGUAGGGGGCAGAGGAGACACCCGGGCUUUCGGUUGAUGGGCUUAAGAACCAACCGGUGGUGAUGCUACUGCAACUCCGGGUUCAAAUGAAGAACUGUUCUCUGCAAAGAUGUCUCCCCAGAGCAAUGGCGGUUGCCAAGGUGCUGUCGGCCAUCGUUGCUGUUCGUGUCGUUGUAAUUGUUACUUUUCGCGGUUGAAUGUUACUGUUGGUGUUCUUGUCUAUAUGAGGAUCUCAUUUUUGAUGGUGCUUGCGAGGCUGGCUACAGAUGUACGAAGGCCGGGUGGGAGUCGCCCUCUCGCUCCGUUUUUAGAUACAUCGCGGCAAACUUUAGGCUAGUAUGUGCACAAUCUCGUCGGAGUGCAAGAGAUGAACAACGUGUUGCAAGGCAAGCAGAACAUGGCGUCCCUUCAGUCCUUUAUUUUUUACUGCUGAUGUUUCGUUCCGGGUUUCCAUCUGAGGGCAGGCCUUGACUGCUCUUGGGAGGGUGGGGAGGCACGGUUAGUAGCGCGAAUUAGAUGGGGUGCGUCGAAGAGACUGAUUCCAGGUAAAUAAAGUGCUGCCCCUUGUUAAUCGGAAAUAAUACGACUUGUGUGUGAGUCUUUCCCGAAUAGUUCACUGCUGUAAGUUUUUUUUUUUUCCUUGUG